AUGGGGAAAUCACAAUCGAAACUCUCCCCCUCACAGUUGGAUGAGCUGCAGAAAGCGACCCAUUUUGAUAGAAAGGAAUUGCAGCAAUGGUACAAGGGUUUCCUAAAAGACUGCCCAUCCGGAACCCUCACAAAGGAGGAGUUUCAAAAAAUCUACCGUCAAUUCUUUCCCUUCGGUGACCCAUCAUCCUUCGCGAAUUAUGUUUUCAGAGUUUUCGAUUCCGACGACAGUGGCAUGAUUGAUUUCAAAGAGUUUAUCUGCGCCUUGUCUAUCACAUCGAGAGGGAGAAUGGAAGAUAAAUUGGACUGGGCUUUCCAGCUCUAUGAUAUAGACGGAGAUGGGAAAAUAACCUAUGAAGAAAUGCUGGCCAUUGUGGAGGCUAUAUAUAAAAUGGUCGGAUCGAUGGUUAAACUGCCAGAAGAUGAAGAUACACCCGAGAAACGCGUUCGAAAGAUUUUCCGAAUGAUGGACAAAGAUGAGAAUGGCAGUUUAGAUCUUGCCGAAUUCAAAGAAGGCAGUAAGAGAGAUGAAACUAUCGUCAGCGCUUUGUCUCUAUACGACGGACUAGUGUGA